GGUAUGAACAGUCUGGCACACCGGGCUGAUCAGCUGCAGCACCGGGACUAGCACACCGACAAACGAAAGGGGAAUCCUCGCCCCUUCCGCAGCGGAUGGCCGGGUUCGAGAAUCGAACACACGACCUUUCGGUCCAACCCCUUUUAGUGUGCUAGGUUAAGCACGACGCUCAACCAACUGAGCUAGCCCGAGGAGGCUACAGCUUCAAGUUCAUGGCUGCCAUUCUCUCCAGCAGAUGGGCGAUUCGCUUGCUAUCCUACCCUACCAACUUGAUGGGACUCUGCUCUUUGAAAUUUCCACCUGUAAACUCACUGCAGAGCAAUGACAAGCGUCUUUAGGUUUCCUGCUUUCAGUUGGUAAUGGUUUGUGCUUCGAGAUGGCGGGGGUCACGGAGCAUCUGGGCCGCACGCAGUGGCCUGGAUGUAGCCGAUCACCAAGAAGUUCUUCGCGUUUGCAAAUGAGCAGUGCGUCUCACCUGCUCGCGCCAAGGGUGACGUCACACCAUGCAUCCUGCCAAUGCACCUUCUUAGGGGAGUCUCUAGUCUGCCCCCAAAACCCUCGCUUUCAACAUCGGGCUAUUGGCUUGCGGGUCGAGGGAGUGAAACAGUCUUCUUCGCCUUCGAGAAAGCUUUCUGCAGCUUCGCUGUGUUCCUGCAUUUGGAAUGGCUCAUGUCAAGGUAGUGCUUCUAGGAGGUGCGUCAGUGCUGCGUCUGUGGCUGAGACUGGGGCGCCCACGGAGACAGAAGCAGCGCAGGAAAGGGCGGAACUGGGCGCGGGCGCAAGGACGCUGCUUCUUUGGCAAGCUCGGGCAAAGCCAGGUUCGUCAAGAAAAGCGCCCCAGCACCGACCUGAUCAGCUCGAAACCUCCCCAGCUUCUGAGCAUCCUCUAGGCUCCGAGCAAACUGUAGCCACCGCUAAAGCAAUCAAAGCCCCCUCAAGAAGAAAACCUGGCGCACUACUGGACUCCAUCAGAACCAAAGUUCUGAACGCUUCGGAAGACGUGGUCGUGAAAGGCGCUCCCGAGAGUAAUCUGAAGGCAAGGAAACCGGUGGCGCCACAUGAGGAUCGACGGUUGGGAAUAGGCGUCGGCGAAUCAGCCUCGCCCAAAAUCCCCGGCCCCAUUCAGAAUGAGGUGCCCGUACUCUGGAGUGAGGAUGGAGCCCGGAAAGGGGGGCGAGCUGUUGGGGGAUCCCCUCGGGGCAGUGUGAAUGGGACUGCAUCGAAGGUGGCGCCACCGGAGGGCGGCGCUGAUGUCAUCAGCUUCAACGGGGCGCUGUGGGCGGUGGCGGCGGCUGCGUCGAAGAUUGCGAACGGGGGGGUGGUUGAGCAGAAGUCCACAGGUGCGGGGGAGGCCUUGCCGGGGGGGGUUUCAGAACGAGGGGCCCUCCGUCUUAACAGAAGGCUCAUUGCCAAUGGGGCGUCCUUUCAUGCGGCAGAUUUGAGAGGGAGCGAGGGGGCGGAAGGACCUUCGGAAGAACAGAGUUCGGCGGUCAUGCACGUAGGGGGAUUGCCGAAGACUGCAGCAGAAAGAGGUGCCGGUCUGAAAGCGAAGAGCAAAAAGGCAGGGCCUGCAAGCGCCAGCGGUCAGGGGACUGCGUUUGAGGACGGCGUGAUGGAAGCAUUGCGCAAGAACAUGAUCGAAGCUCUGCGCGAGAAAAGACCGGCAGGUGCGGGGCCGCCGUCCGCCGGUCCAGGGGGCUCUGUAAGCGAAGCAGGGUCGAGCGGGGCGCUUGGAGAACUAGAGCGGCCAGACGUGUCGGGUACCGAGGAGGAGAGCGGUCGGACGGAUUCGGGGCUGUCGGCCAGCACGUCGGGCCGAGACGCCGCCCCAGCUCGGAGCCGGGCGCGGAAAGCGAAAGUGUCUCUGGCCACCGAAAUUCUGAUAGAGCAGGCCCUGUCAGAGGGGGAGGCGCCGAAGGAAGCACCUGUUCGAAAAACUAGGAAGCGGGUGCAAAAGGUGGUGGUGGUCGAGGGGCCAGCGACGGGGGAAGGGGAGAAGCCGAAGCGGGUUAGGAAACGGGUUAGGGUGCGGUCAGCGGAGGUUGAGGGUGGACCGCCGGAUCUUGGUGGGGCAGAAAACAAGAGCACAGACGCGGAAGAAGAUAGAGAGGGGGUGGAGGUUUCAGAGGGGUCGAAAGGGGAUUCGAGGAGCUUUAGAGCGCGACGUGGGAAGUUGCCAGCCUUGGGGGCUGCGACGUCCCCGGUAGAGACUGUUGGGAGGGAGCGGAUGCAGGCAGGGCAGAUCAGCAGACCGGUUCAAAAGAAGGAAAACAGCGGAAGCACAGUGCCAGCUAUCGUGGGAUCGAUGAUUCUGGGAGCUGCGUCUGGAAACGAGCCAACAGCUGUCCAGAGCCUAGGGGGCUUAGGGCCGAAGCUGGCAACUCAGAGUGUAAAUAAGGGUUCGUCCUCCAAAGAAGGUUCGCGAAAAGGGGGUACGGAACAUACGUUGAGGGGCAGAACUGGGAGCUUAAAGCCAGCCACGAGUCAGGUCCCUCUGGGGCCGAUCCAAGCCCUGCGCGCCUCCGCCCCGAGCAUCAGUUCCAGCGAGUCUGGCACUGUCGUCAAGGGUCCAAAGGUCGCCACGAACCGGGCGGGAAGCGGGCCAGUUUCGCUUGACGUCGAAGAGGGGUUCCGGGGGCCAAAGGUCGCCACAAACCGGGUAGUGGGCGGAUCGCUGGAUGGAAUGGAAGCAGAGGAAAGCGUCGCUGAGGGGCCGAAGUUGGCGACCAUGAAAGUGCCGUUGGGUCCGAUUGCAGCGCUGCGUGCAGCGGCCAGCCAGCCAGCCAACGACCUCGCGCCAGCUGUCAGGAUCGCGGACGAGGUUCUCGAGGUGGGGCCAAUUCAAGUGCUUCGGUCUUCUGGGAGGCAUGCCGUUUCGGCAGUCACAAAGAGGAGCGCCCCGCUGGAUUACCUGUCAGAUCUCGAAGAGGAGGAAGAAGAAUUCGAGAUUGGAGAGGGGGAACUCGACGAUGGGCCGAUUCGGGGUCUGAGAUCCUCUGGUGGGCGUGCUGGGGUUGGGUCCUCUUAUGGGGCGGCUGCGCUGGACUACCUCUCUGACCUUGAAGAGGAGGACGGGGAAGGCAUCGAGGAGGAGACGGCCGAGACUCCGGUGGGGGGCUCCGUUGCCUCAGGGGUCCAGGGUGCGCAAAACCCCCUGAAGAACAGUUAUUACAGCGACCAUCUGAUGGAGUCGCAUUCGAAGACGAAGUUCGUGUGGGGGAGGCAAAAUGCACACGCCAAGGAGGGGACGUUUCUCGAGCAGUUGGACUACAGCAUCGAGCCCCCCGAAGCUGAAAAAGUUGCAGAAGAAAUGCCGAUCGGGGGGCAGCGGAAGCGAAGAAGGGGGAUGCGAUCAGAGUCUCCCAGCAGAUCUGGGGAGUCCGUAAAUAGAGGGACGGGAGAAAGUUCACAGGGAGAGCAGAAGCCGACAGGUGGCGCAAAGCCCAGUAGCGAAUUCCUGCUGAUGUACGCGACGUGGCGGGACUUGAGCGAGGGCCGGCUUGACCCUGCGGGUUACGAGGUGGUUAGCGAGAAAACCGGGGCGGUUAUCGGGGUGGUCAGUGCGCUGGAACCACUCACGCCGGCGGCCGAGAAAGAGAUGGAGGAGACGGGGCUGCAGCUGCACACGGGCCUGCUGCGCAUGACAGCUGUCGCGGGGUUUGUCGAUGAGUACGAGAGCGAACGGAGAACACCGGCAGGCUCGGCCGGAGUUCCUUCGGGGAUUGAACAGAGGGGUUUUGUCGAGAGCGAAGCGGAAAGUGCGUCCGCUCUGUUUGGAGGGAGCGAGGGCAAGGGGGCCGGAGACGCUAAAGACGACGAGGAACUAGAGCGGGAAGAAUUGCUAAAUGCACUCCGUGAGUUUGACGGCGAGGAGGGGGUUCAGAGUGAGGGGGAUGAGAGUGAUAGCGAUUGGGAGGAACUUGAAGAUGACACAGACAGUCUAGCUAGUCUUGACGAGCUGAAGGCGGCCCUGGGGGGGUCCGACAGCGAGGAAGAAGACGAGGGAGGCGCAGGCGCUGCGCAGCGGGAGUAUGCGAUUCCCGUCAUCGGCGAGUACAUUGCUGACGUCAGCGUGAAGGAGCGGCGGAUACGUGUGACGCUUCCUGGUUCGCUGGACAGGAUCAGCCGGCGGCCGGCGAUUCUGAGGGGCCUGGGUAUGGCGCUGUACAAGUAUUGCUCCGGCAAGAACCAGAGUGUAAAGACGCUCGCAGAGGUGAAAGAGAAAGCGAGGGGGGGCCGGGCGGGCGACGGCCGCGAGCAGAAGCGGAGCCUGGCGCGGCAGAACUCGACUGUGCAUCCGCAGAUCACAUACAUACCCACGGAGAAAGAGUUGCUGACUGACGGGCGAGAGGACAUCCUAGAGGAUAUCGAACUCGUGGGCGGUUUCGCAGCGGCCACAAACGCGCUCGGGCUCUCCCGUCAGAAGCGACCGAUCGGGUUCUGGGAAAACAAGCUCCACCUAGACGCGGAGAUUGAGCUGUUCAACUACUCACGAUGGACGAAGCGCACCAACUCGGAGACUGGGGAAGUCUACUGGGUCAAUCUGCUGAACGACAUGGUGGCUCGGGAGAAGCCCCCGCCCCCGGACAGCCUCACCCCGCCUCUCCCGGUCAGCUACCGGGAGGAGGACGUCGACACGGCGUGCAUGCCCAAGCGGAAAGACGUGCAAGAAGCGGGGAGGUGGGACCUGCACCACGCGAUUGUCUCACAUGGGGGGUACACGGCAGUCGGACGCGAGCUAGGGCGGCAGACCCCCCCUCGCCUCCCAGAGGGCGCUCCGCGUCUCCGUGAACAGUCGUCCAAAUACGCCUUCCCCGAGAUGCUGGUCAGCGCGAUCCGCAAAGUGAUGAAGGAGAAGAACCUGACCAAGCUGCCCAGCAUCCGAGACUUCAAGGAAAUGGGUCGCAACGACAUUGUGUUAGGGUUCCGGCGCCACGGCGGGGUCCUCGCGGUCGCCGAGAUGAUGAACGUGGAGCCGAAGGUCGAGCUGAAGCCGGGCCCGUGGACGCUCGAGUCGGCCGCCGCCGCGCUCAGUGAAUACGUCAACGAGAAGGCGGCGCGCACGGGGCAGCCGCGGUCGAUGCCCACGCUCAAGGAGCUACAGCAGGCGGGACGGAGCAAUUUGCGGUAUGUGAUCCAGCACUUCGGGCAGAAGGUCAUGGCGGAACAGCUGGGGCUGCCGCCGAACCUGAGCUCGCACGAGAAGAAGCGCCUACGCGCGGCGCAGACGGCCGCCGAGGGGCGCGCGGGCCAGAGCGUCGCAGAGCUGCGCGCGGAGGCGGAGCUGCGCGCGAUCCGCAGCCCGUGGACGCUCAAGUUGGCCGCGGCCGCGCUGAAGGAGUACGUCGACGAGAAGGCGGCGCGCACGGGGCAGCCGCGCGCGAUGCCGACGCUCAAGGAGCUGCUGCAGGCCGGGCAGGGCGACCUGCGGUAUGUUAUUCUGCACUUUGGGCAUAAGGUUAUGGCGGAGCAGCUGGGGCUGCCCCCGAACGUGAGUACGCACGAGAAGAACCGCAUGCGCGCGGCGCAGGUGGCGGCAGAGAUCCGCGCAGGACAGAGCGUGGCGGAGCUGCGCGCGUUGUGGAGUAAGAGACAGAAGGUGGCACAGCUGGCGCGGUUGGGAAAGCGAGGGGACGGGGGGAAGGUCGGGAAAUAGAUGUGUAGGCUGCAGUAUGCUGGAAUGGAAAAUGUCGCUUUUCGGCAGCUAGAGCAAGGCUUACUCGAAUGUGACAAUUGACCUCGUCAAAUACUGACCCACUGAUUGAUCUGGCAACUGCAAAACGUGUGGGAAUGUGCGUCGUUACACCAG